AUGGCAGCAGAACCAAAGAAGAUCAUCAUAGACACUGAUCCUGGCAUUGAUGAUGCCAUGGCAAUCUUUCUUGCUUUGAGAUCACCGGAAGUGGAGUUGAUUGGACUUACUACUAUAUAUGGGAAUGUUUAUACCACUUUAGCCACCAGGAAUGCCUUGCAUUUGUUGGAGGUUGCAGGGAGGACUGAUAUUCCAGUUGCCGAGGGAUCUCAUGUGACAAUAACCAAAGGUACAAAACUUCGCAUUGCCGAUUUUGUCCAUGGUGCUGAUGGACUUGGCAACCAAAAUUUUGACCCACCUAAAACCAAGCCAAUUGAACAAUCAGCAGCUGCUUUUCUAGUUAAGCAAGCAAAACUUCACCCUGGAAAAGUCACUGUUGUCGCAUUGGGUCCACUUACAAAUAUUGCUCUGGCUAUCGAAUUAGAUCCUGAGUUUUGCAAAAACAUCAGGCAGAUUGUUCUUCUUGGUGGAGCAUUUUCGGUAAAUGGGAAUGUAAAUCCAGCAGCUGAGGCAAAUAUUUUUGGCGAUCCUGAAGCUGCUGAUAUUGUUUUCACCUGUGGGGCAGAUGUUUUGGCUGUGGGGAUAAAUGUUACCCACCAAGUUGUUCUCACAGCUGCUGGGCGAGACAAAUUGAUGCAGUCAAAUGGAAGAUUUGCUCAGUAUCUGUGCAAAAUUUUAGAGGUGUACUUCUCUUAUCAUCGAGAAGCAUACAGCACUGGAGGAGUGUACCUUCAUGAUCCAACAGCAUUCCUGGCAGCCGUGAAUCCUUCACUUUUCACUUACACAGAAGGCGCUGUUAGGGUCCAGACUACUGGCAUCACAAGGGGACUAACAUUGCUAGAUAACACACAGAAAAAGUUUGGAGAAGUAACUGAGUGGACCGAUAAACCCACAGUUAAGGUAGCCGUGACGGUUGAUGCCCCCACUAUCGUCAAGUUGUUGAUGGAAAGGCUUAUGCAAUCAUAA